CAGUUAUGAUAUAUUCAUUAACUAUUAGUUUGGCAAUUGUUUUAUCAAUUAUUGAUAUAUCAGUUGCCAACUGUCCGCCAACUAAUCAAUUUUGGCCAAAAAUUGGUAAAUUUUCCGAUUUUAGCCAAAAAUAUCAGCCAUUAUCUGACGAUGAGAUACAUAAGCUUAUCAAUCAAACAGUUAGCCAACAAUGUCAUGAAUAUACAAAAUUAAGUAAAUGGUUAAAACUAAACAAUAUCAAUUGGCUAGCUGAUGAAUCGGAAAAAAAUUGUCAAUAUGACCUAGAUGAUAAUGCAAUGAUCAUCGGGUCGAUUAGCAAACUAACUGAUCCCGGUGACAGGCACCGGCAUCUAGUUAAACAGGCUCAAUGGCUGGACUAUAUGUUGAAAUAUUUACAAGAUACAAGUGUUUAUCGUAAACAGUGUACUCUAGAGGAUCGCCUGAAAUAUGUUAAAACUACGGAUGUUAAGGAAUUGGCGAAAUUGGUCGCCGAUAAACAUAGACAAGUAUUGGCCGAAAUGCAAAAAGAGGUAGACCUGAGUCGGUCGGUUAAAGAGGAAAAUUUUUGGAUACCUUUGGAUACAAAAGCAUUAGAAGACAGUAAACGUCAAUUUGCUAACGAUGAAAAAGAUUUGGCUAAAAUUUCUCCCGAAUCAAUCAAAAUAAAAAGUAUGAAACUAUUGAUAUUAAAAUUAGAUUAUCUAAUUCGAGUCUAUCAAGCUAUACAUGCUUAA